GAAGGGCAUUGUUCAUAUGCUGACCCGAAAAUGCCCACAAGCUGAACAAAAGAGACGACAUCAACUUAUCUCUAAGCUAUAGCCGCAAAAUGCCUCGCAGAAAAAAAACAGCUGAAUCAAUGCUUAUGGACAUCACAACAUCAACCCAAAAGCUUAUGCAAACCGACGUAUUUCUUUCACCGAUUCCGCUCACGCCCGACACCACCAUCAUCGCGUUUAUAGUGCUUUGGCUCGAAUCAAGAAGAAAGCUUGAAUUCAACAAUAGUUCGUAUGUGUUCUUCAACUGUGUUCAUCGGUCGCGGCGGAUACAAGAAAAAUCGUGUUCAGAGCUCCUUAUGCGUCGUAGAUUUGUAUUCGGAAUCGAAUCGCAACCAACACGUUUGAAUCGCAGCAAGGAAGGGGUAGGAGACUUACCGAACUUUGAGCUCCGGCAUGGUGGCUUCAUGGCGACACACAAGGCCAUGGGAGAUUGCUUGGAUUGCAUCAGUUUUGAAUAAAUUGGCCAUAAGAAUGUGUAAAUAAAUAUGGAUAUUAAGGAACCUAGAUUAAAUGUUAGGAUUUUUUUUAGGUCACAUGUUAGUUUGGCUUGUUUGGAUUUGUUCAUUUGUAGGGUAUUUACCAUGAACUUAUGAAUGAGAGUUGAACUUUGAAUAAAAAAUGGAAAGUUGAAUUAGAAUGUGGAUUAAUGAAAAGUAAUAAAACUUUGAAUGUAAUGAAUUGAAUGAAACUUUGAAUGUAAUGAAUUGGAUGAAAGUUUGAAUAUAAUGAAUUGGAUGCAAGUUUGAAUGAAA